GGACCUUAUUGUUUAAAUUUUUCUUCGUAUGUUAUUUUUUAUGACCCUUACAGGUACACGAAUUAUUAUAAUUUUUUUUAUCUUGUCGAGAUCGUGAGGCGUGAACAUGUUUAAACAUGUUUUAUCCUGAAAUAUUUUUUGUAAAUUGCUGAUACGAUUAAUUGCUAUUAUGUUCUUAUUAUAAUAUGUUCUUCGUUUUUUCUAAACUGAUUCUAUCACUCGUUAAUCUAUUAAGUAAUACGGGAACAUAUGGGAACUAUUUAAAUCAAUGAAACUGAAUUGAAUGUCAUCAUUCAUCAUUUCGCCUAUUGUGUGUAGACUUACGUACCACGUGGUUUUGUACCGGUUACGACAAAUUUGGGUACGUACGACACGUUUGCGUGGAAGCUGGUGGAAGCGCUAGCGGUGCAAAAUGGCAAGACAGUUGACAGACCGAAUUUUAGAAUAUUUGGACGCGCAUGGCGAAACGAAUUCGUUGGAUUUGGCGGACGAGUUUCAGGAGGAUCAUCAAAAAGUCGUGGGCGCGAUCAAGAGUCUCGAGACGGUCGAUGACUUGAUCACAGUAAAGCCGAUUUCCAAGAAGAAAUGGGAACUUACCGACGAAGGAAAACACAUAAUAGAGCAUGGUAGCCACGAAGCUGUCAUUUACAAUGCCGUCCCUGACAAUGGGAUACCUCAGUCGAAGCUCAUCAAGUCUAGCCCUUAUGCUAAAGUCGGUUUCUCUAAGGCGAUGGUUGCUGGAUGGAUCGAACUCGAUAAGAGUGGAGACGUUCCUAUUGUACGAAAGAGGGUACCGUCCAUUGUAGAUAUCAUACAGGCACAUCUAAAGAAUCUUGCAAAUGUCCCAGAAAAUGUUAAAGCAGAGUACAAGAAGAGGAAGCUUCUGCAAGAGGUGAUAAUUAAAAUUAUGCAGCUUGAAAAGGGACCAAAUUUUUCUACAAAAUUAGAAAAAUUAGAGGCGGACUUGACAGCAGAUUUAUUGGUAAACGGUGCUUGGAAGAAUAAGAAAUUCAAACCAUAUAAUUUUGAAGCAAUGGGUGCAUCGCUUCAAAUUGGAUAUUUACAUCCAUUGUUAAAAGUUCGUCAUGAGUUCAGGAAAAUCUUCCUGGAAAUGGGAUUUACGGAAAUGCCAACGAAUAAUUAUGUAGAAAGUUCUUUCUGGAAUUUUGAUGCUCUUUUCCAGCCACAACAACAUCCCGCUCGCGAUGCACACGACACCUUUUUUAUCUCUGAACCACGUAAUAGCACUAAGUUUCCUAUGGAAUAUCUUGAAAGAGUCAAAACUGUUCAUAGUGUAGGAGCAUAUGGAUCUCAAGGUUACAGAUAUGAUUGGAAGUUGGAAGAAGCACAAAAAAAUUUGCUGCGCACUCAUACAACAGCCAAUAGCGCACGGAUGUUGUAUAAACUUGUAAAGGAUGGGAAGUUUAAGCCAGUCAAGUAUUUCAGUAUUGAUAGAGUAUUCCGCAAUGAAACUCUAGAUGCGACGCAUCUUGCUGAGUUUCAUCAGGUUGAGGGUGUCAUAGCUGGACACAAUGUUACAUUGGGUAAUCUUAUUGGCAUUUUGUAUGAAUUCUUUGGUAAACUUGGCAUUACUCAGCUUCAAUUUAAACCUGCAUAUAAUCCAUACACCGAGCCGAGUAUGGAAAUAUUCUGUUUUCAUAAUGGCCUGGGGAAGUGGAUUGAGAUUGGCAAUAGUGGUAUGUUUAGGCCUGAAAUGUUACUACCAAUGAAUCUACCUCCCGACGUGAAUGUCCUUGGAUGGGGUUUGUCGUUGGAAAGGCCAACAAUGAUUAAAUAUGGUUUGAACAAUAUACGUGAUCUGGUUGGGACAAAAGUGGACAUGGCAAUGGUUCAUAACAAUCCUUUAUGUCGAUUAGAAAAAAUGACUCGUUCUCAAUGGAAAACGCGACAGCAAGAAGAGAAGUCGGUUGAGACGCAAUCAAAUCAGGAGAUAAAGAUCAAGCGAGUGACGAAACAUCCGUCAGAAAAGUCAAAAUUUCUAAAGCAACAACUUGUUAUUUUCUGCGAUCCGAAGCAUCCAUUAUAUUUCAUCGAAGUUUUCUUGAAAUUUAUAUCACCGCAUUUUCAUGUUUCUGUAUCAACACACGUUCAUUCCACGGUGACAAAGUUGCCUGACCAUCUUGUUGACUUUUGCUCGCCGUAUUUCGCUAAGAACGCAAAUGUGGAUAUAUCACUUACUGUAAUUUGGAAAACUGUUGGGAAGGAUCCCAUUAUGGUGUUGCCAGGAAUGUAUAAAAUUUUAGGGCUGGUAAAUAUAGCACGGUAUUUAAAUCGUUUAAUUGAGCAAGUCGAUCCGAGCAUAUUAAAAUAUGAAACAAUGGGCUCACAUUAUGCGACUAAAAUAGAUUCUUAUUUAGAUCAAAUACAUUGUACUAUACAUGAUGCGGAAACCAAUAACUCGCUGACAAUACAUAAAGAGUCACGUUACAUAAUGGGAAACGAUAUUUCAAUACUUGAUCUUAUUGUCGAAUGUUUGCAAUAUGAAGUAAAAAAGAGGAAUUAAUUUAUUAAAUCUCGUUUAUUUUGUAAACAAAAAAUAAACUUUAGCUGUGCUAAAAAGAAA